AUCACACCAGUUCAGUUCAGUCACUGCCAAUAUGUUAAAACGACUGCUGAUCCUCCUGUUUUGUUUCGAGUGUUUUGUUUGGUGUUGCAUUCGUGAGCCCAGCAUCUACCACUCAAAAGCGCCCAAACUGCCGGGUGAUAAUGGCUUCCAAAUCCGAAUUAACGAAAACCCCGAAAAAUUUAUCCCGGGCAAAGUUUACACCCUUUAUUUAACCCACAACAAAUUACAACACUUCAAACGCUUCACAAUUAACGUGGAAGCCGCCUCCGAGCCUGGCAACCUAUCGCCGCAACGAGUCGGCAGCUUCCAGCUGUUUAGCGACUCGAUUUCUAAAUUUAACGAGGAAUGUGUAAAUACAAUUUCCGAAAGUAAUGAUUCGCCAAAAACCGAGGCCUUCUUCAUGUGGGCCGCCCCGCCUCCAGGCUCGGGCUGCGUCACUUUCAAGGCCAUGGUCCUGCAGGACUCGACCCACUGGUACGCCGAUGAGGGCAACCUGACCAAAACCUUCUGCGAGCAGACGGAAAAAGAUAUGAAAUUUGACGAAAGCGAUUGUUGUGCUUGUGACGAGGCCAAAUAUAGCAUGAUUUUUGAAGGCAUUUGGUCCAAUAAAACACACCCCAAGGAUUUUCCUUUUUCCUUGUGGCUGACUCACUUUUCCGAUGUGAUCGGCGCUUCGCACGAGAAGAAUUUUAGUUUCUGGGGCGAAGGCCAGAUCGCCUCUGAAGGGUUCAGGAGCCUGGCCGAAUGGGGCUCUGUGAGACUCAUGGAGACCGAAUUAAGGGCCAAAAGUAAAUACUUGAGGACUAUUAUUAAAGCAGCUGGGCUGUGGUACCCCAACGUCAAUACUAACACUUCGGCCAAUUUUCGAGUCGACAGGAGACACCAUUUGAUUUCUUUAAGCUCAAUGCUUGGGCCUUCCCCGGAUUGGGUUGUCGGAGUUAACGGUUUGAACCUUUGUCUCAAAAACUGUACCUGGAUUGAAAAUUUGAUCAUUGAUCUAUUUCCAUACGAUGCUGGAACCGACAGUGGAAUCUCUUACAUGUCCCCGAACGCUGAGACUAAACCGAGGGAACGCAUGUACCGAAUCACUACGACUUACCCUGAGGAUCCAAGAGCCCCGUUUUACGACCCUUCGAAAAAAGAAAUGACACCUUUGGCUCGGCUUUACUUGAAACGCGAAAAAUUAAUUCCGAAAAAUUGCGACGAAAACUUCCUAAACGCCCAACUUGACGUUAGCGAAAACACGGAAGAAAUCAACAGACCCGAAUGUGCCGUCACCGAGUACAACCAAUGGAGCGAAUGUUCCGUCACUUGUGGUAAAGGCUUGCGUAUGAGAAGUCGCGAGUAUCGAAUGCCCCAAAAAGCCAAAAUGUUCAACUGCAACCGGCAGCUGAUUUCGAAAGAAAUGUGCGUGGCUGCAGUCCCCGAAUGCGAGGGCGGAACCCCCGAAGAAGAAGUAUCAAUCGAGGACAUUCCCUUAGAAAACAUCGAAGGGAUCUGCGCCACAUCCCCUUGGGGCCCUUGGUCCGAAUGUUCCGCCACGUGUGGCGUUGGUUUUAAAAUGCGUACCCGCCUAUUUAUUGAUAGUAUGGGCCGUAAAAAGUGCCCACAUAUCACUGUUGUGGAAAAGGAGAAGUGUAUGAGUGCCCCUUGUACUGCCGACCAGAUUGAAAUUCCCGAUCCCAUGUGCCCAACAACCGACUGGAGUGACUGGAGUCCUUGUAGCGCUUCCUGUGGUAAAGGAAUCAGGAUGCGGACGCGUUUGCUAUUGGUAGAGCCGGGAUUACAGCAGAAAUGUAGCUCAAGAGUGGAGUUAAUACAACAAGCGCCUUGUAUGGACACUCCUGACUGUACUAUAGACAUGGCAACGGCCAAAGUUAUUUGCAUGCAAGAAAGCGAGCCUGGCCCGUGCACUGGUUACUUCAACCGUUGGUAUUUCGAGCCCCGCAAAAUGAUGUGUGUUCCGUUCAUUUAUGGGGGCUGUAGGGGCAACAGGAAUAAUUUCUUGACGGCACAGGAAUGUAUGGAAGCGUGUCAGGUAGUUCGAGAUGCUUUGAAGGGUAAUAUUAAUAAUAAUAAUAACGAAAAUGCAAAUUCGAAUCCUUCAGCCGUUGCGUCCAGCAAUGGCAGAUUUGUUGAUUGCAUGGUUUCGGAUUGGUCCCCUUGGUCCCAAUGUAGCGUAACGUGUGGGACCGGAAUUUCCGAAAAGUUCAGAAUGGUCAAAAGACCAGCCGAGAACGGGGGGCGCCCUUGCCCCUCGAGGCUCGUCAAAAAGCGGCGAUGUCGGGGGCCGCCAUGUGUCUAAUAAUCAGUAACAGUUGUCAGUUAUGUACUUGUUUAGAGCAAUAAACAAUUUAAAGAAAAA